AUUCUAUGGCAAAUGACAUAACCUCAAAAAAACAUAGUGUUUACAAAACAAAACGUAAGUUUAUGAAGAAUAUCCUCAUUCUGGCAGAAAAAUGAGUUUCGAUGGAUACAAAGAUGAAAUUCACGAAGGUGAUACUGUCAUUCUAUACCUCACAAUCACACAAGUAUACAGCCUAAAAGCGGAACCCAAAAUUCACAGCAAAAAAGGCGACUUAGUGGAAAAUGUAUUUCAAACACCUUAUGGGGCUUUGAAAUGUGCAGAACUCAUUGGAAAGAGUUUCGGGACAAAAAUUUCCCUCAGUAAGGGAUGGGGGUAUGUACUGCAACCUACACCAGAACUGUGGACGCUUACUCUACCACAUCGAACUCAAAUUAUAUACACUCCAGAUAUAAGUAUGAUAAUUUUGCAGCUAGAAUUGUCCCCUGGUAGUGUAGUGGUAGAGAGUGGCACGGGUAGUGGAUCUCUUUCACAUGCGCUAAUCAGAGCUGUGAAACCUCAUGGUCACCUUCACACUUUUGACUUUCAUGAAAUACGCUCUCAAACUGCAACAGAAGAAUUCAAGGACCAUGGUUUAUCGAGUUACGUGACAGCGUAUCACAGGGACGUAUGCGAAGAUGGAUUCGGGGAGCAUUUAGAUAAUAAAGCUGAUGCGGUAUUUUUGGAUUUACCACAUCCAUGGUUGGCGAUUCCUCAUGCUUUGAAGACAUUGAAAAGUAGCGGAGGUAGGUUGUGUUCUUUUUCACCAUGUAUCGAACAAGUAGAGAAAACUUCCUUGAUGCUUCUCAAGCUGGGCUUUCAAGAAGUGCAAACGAUGGAGGUGUUGCAGACACAGUAUGCAGUUCAGCAGAGAUCAGUACCAGUGGUAAACUUAGAUUUUGUCAAGAGUGAGAAGGACGGUAGUGAAACUGUGAAAAAAGAAAGAGAGGUGGUCAAGACAGUGUGUGCUAUUCCUCCAGCAAGUUUACCGGGUCAUACAGGAUAUCUUACAUUCGCAACUCUACCUCCAAUAUGGUCUAGGAAACUUCAGAUCAGUUUAAAUGAGGACGAUAUGUUGAAAGAUGACUGAAUAAAAAAUUAUUAAUUUA